CGUGUUACGUCACGUCUGAUAGGCGGAGCCUCAGGGCUUUUGCAUUCCAACCACCCAAUCAGCGAUGCGCAGGAAAUCGCGGUUUCUUUCAGUUUAUUGUUUACCCGCCUAAUGAAGGAAGGCGCUAUAUAAAGAGUGGAAAAAAUGCCGGUGGUUUUGCGGUCCGGGAGGUCGAUGCAAGGCAGUGAUGACGACGAGGAGGAGAAGGACACAACAACAAGGAGAAGAAGAAGACUACGAAAAGCCAAGACGUCGUCCCGCCUGCAAGUGAGCCCCACGUACAAGAUGGAGUCGGAGACCUCGGACUCGGACUCGGAUGCUGUACACGGCCAAGUGAUGGAGAGACUGCACACUGAUGAGGAAGAAGAGGAAACCGUGGAGGGGACAGAAACGGAAGUGAAGCCCUGCAGUGUUGUGUUGGACCGCUUUCGGGUUACUGAUAAUGCUUCAAAGAGAGAACCCGAGGAAAGAGACGACAUGAACCGCAGAAGUGCAAAGCCUGCUUCCCGCAUCCCCACCUUCAAUAAGCGGCCUGCCACUCUCAGCGCAGAGAUGCCUUUGUACAAAAAAGAUCUUCCUCUCCCAGUAGUUCAGCCUGCUGAGAAGCCUGCAAGUGUCCUAGUGGACACAUCAAAGUGUGUGCAGGAAAAAAGCCUUUUAUCAUACCGCAUCCCCAGAAUUGGCGGUGAGGUACCCACCAUCUUGAGCAACACAGAACAAACAUCUGAAGGGUCCACACCUAGCGCAUCCAUGUUGUCUGAGGGAGUGCAGUAUGGUCUUAUGGCAAGCCCCAGGCCUGCACUCAGAGCAGAGGGACGCCUCCAAGAGCAACCCGAAGGCCAGUGCAGUGCAACCAGCGCGAUUGACAGCUUCUCGCCGGAGAUUCCAUGCCUGGACUCCUUGAGUCAAGAUAAUCCUCAAGAAGAUAAACCACCAAGGUCUUAUGUUGUGACCAAGAGAAGCGUUUCAACAACCGUCACACAGUCCACAGAGCUGGACUGCAUGCCCAAUGUUAGCCAAACAGAAGCUAUUGUGAACGAACAGCCUCCGUGGGAGAGAGAACAUCCACACACACCCGAGUCACAAGACGUGAGGUCUUUGUCGGAUGUCGACAGCGAGGCUGACUUUGUGAUGGAUGAUUCUGGUGAUGCAAAGGACCCCAAUGAGCCGCAGAUAAUAAUGAAGACUGAUCAAGCUGUGGAUGUCGGCAAGGAAAACAACAAUGAGUCGGUCUGUCAUGCAGCAGUAGAAAAGUCUGCCACAGCUCCAUCCAAGUCGGCAAAGUCCAGGCCUCCUCUCUUUCUACAGGGUUCAGGCCGGCCUCUCUUCGCCUUCUGCUUCUUGCUGCCGGCUACUCUGCUGCUUCUCGGUAUGCAUGCUUGGCACUUUGGACUCCCCAUGUCUGUCAGCCAGCUCGCUGCUCAGCUGCAGCUGCACUGGCUAGAGGGCGUCGGACUCAUGGCUGAGUCAUGUAGCAGAGAUUGUCGAGUUGAGCUGGUGGAGAGCAUCCCAGUGGGUCUGUACCCAUCGAGCCCAUCAACACAGCAGAGUACAGCAGCCAGCUGGCUCAGGCUGCUGGGCAAGGCUAACAGCUCUGUCAGCAUCGCCGCCUUCUACGUGUCACUGCGCAGCAACAAUGAGGACUUUGCUCACUCAUUGGACACUCAGGGCAGAAAGGUAUUUGAUCAGCUCAAGCAGCUGCUUUCCAAAGACGUGAAGCUCCAAAUGGUGGUUAACAGCCCUCAGACCUCCACACAGGACACCGAUGAACUUGCUGCAGCAGGUGCAAAGAUCAAAGAAGUGGAUCUGAAGUCCUUAACUGGCGGCAUCGUUCACACUAAGUUGUUAGUGGUGGACCGGAAGCACUUCUACUUGGGUAGUGCCAACAUGGACUGGCGCUCUUUAAGUCAGGUGAGGGAGGUGGGCGUAAUAGUGGAGGACUGCAGCUGCCUCGCCCAAGAUGCCUCUCGUAUCUUUGAGCUGUACAGGAGCCUGAAUGGUUCUUUGCCACCAUAUUGGCCCGCUCGCUUCACCGCCCUGUCCAGCGCCCAGCAUCCUUUGCGUGUCCACUUCAAUGGAGUUGCUACACAAGUGUACUUAUCUAGCUCCCCGCCGCAAAUCGCAGCCCGCGGACGCUCUGAUGAUCUCACCACCAUUUUGUCCAUCGUCCAUGACGCUCAGAAGUUCAUUUUCAUCUCUGUCAUGGACUACCUUCCUCUGUCUGAGUUCACCAAACCACUAAGGUUCUGGCCUGACAUCGAUUCUGCCGUGAGGGCAGCAGCUUGCACUCGGGGAGUAAAAGUGCGCCUCCUGGUGAGCUGCUGGGAGCACUCUCCUGCCGCCAUGUUCCCCUUCCUACAGUCGCUGUUGGUGCUCAACAGGCCGCCACUGAAGUGUGACAUAGAAGUGAAAAUCUUCACAGUGCACUCUACAGCGGAGCAGAUGAAGAUCCCCUUUGCCCGAGUCAACCACGCCAAGUACAUGGUGACGGACAGAGUCCUCUACAUCGGUACAUCCAACUGGUCCGAGACGUACUUCUCCGAGACGGCCGGAGUGGGCUUGGUGGUGAACCAGACGGACUCUGUGGCGAAAAAAGGCCAGGGGACGGUGCGCAGCGGGGCAGAGGAGCUCUUUCUCAGAGACUGGAGGUCUCAUUACGCCAGCUCGCUGUCAGCCGCCGACGUCAGGGUGUGUCCUCGCCGACCACAUUGAAUGAUCGCAAUCUUGCUCGCUGCCUGUGUUAAACCUCAUCUUUGCAAUCAUCUCGCUGACUUUUAUUUCUGAAAACUGAUGUACAUAAUUGCUAUUUUCAAAAUCCUAUUUUUAUACAGUUUUCGUGUUAUGUAAUUUUUUUUUUUUUCCGUGCUUGCCUGGAGCAGUUUGUAUAUGUCAUCACUUUACCCCAAUGCUUCUUAAAAGGGAACCGCUCUUUUUUGGAAUUUUUCACAAUCCCUAUGUAAGACAAUAACAGAUUUAUUUAUAUUUUCUUUUUGCAUUCUAAAGAUAUAAAAAACGCUUGUAAGAAGCAGCAAA